GGGAGAUCUUGGCGGAAAAAGGUGCUGUGAGGCCAUUUUAUGGGCGGUGAGCCGAUGAAGCUUGAAGAUCUCUCCAUUCUGCAAGUGUCUUUCCCGAUUCUGUUCGUUGUAGGUGUGCUUUCUAACUGCUUCGACAGAGAAAGGGUAUUGAGGACCGUUGAAGAGGCCAAGUCUGCUGCCCCUGCCGUUGGGUCAGAUCGCAGUCAGAAGACAGCUCGAAAAAUCGAAAGAUGCUCGUCAUUCUGUGUGCCUGUUUGCCUGCAGUGACCUGUCUACCGAGAUGGGUGGUGCGGACAAGAUCUUUGAGACGGUGAUUGUUGGCGGCGGCGUGGCGGCCGGCUAUGCCGCUCGCGAAUUCGUCAGGCUGGGCGCCGCCAAGGGCGCGUAAGUACAUCAUUGGGCAGACAGACUCACCGUGCACGACCACACGUGUGGCCCGAUUGUGCAUUGCAUCUCAGUGUUGCAAUGAUAAGCCGCGAAGCUGUCUACCCCUACGAGAGGCCCGCUCUCUCGAAAGGCUUCAUCAUGAACAAGGCAAAAGUCCCUGGAUUCAACGUCUGGUGAGGUGUCUUGCCCUAGCAGCCUCCGUCACUCACUGCACGUAUCCAUUCUCUGUCUGUCUGUCUGUCUGUCUGUCUAUCUGUCUGUCUGUCUGUGUGCCCUGGAUGCAGUGUGGGAAGCGGCGGCGAGAACCAAGGAGAGCAGUGGUGGGCUGGCUGGCAGGACUGUACGACCCUCUGCCACCACACAUUGCAUCACGCCCCGCCCUGUCUGAUCAGGUAUGUGGAGAACGGCAUCGAGACGUACCUGAGCACCAGCGUGACGAGCAUCGCAUUCGACUCUAAAACUCUCACCACCGACAAGGCCGGCACCAUCGGAUACAAGAACCUCAUCCUCGCCAUGGGCGCCAGGCCUGUCACCCUGACCGACAUGAAGAUGGACGACGCCGCCAAACUCAAGGGCAUCUACACGCUCAGGGAGGUCGAAGACACACAGCCACUGCUCGACGCACUGAUCGAGAACAAGGGCAAAAAGGUGACAGACAACAUGCAGGAGAGGAGAGAAGGAGGCCACGUAGGUGCAGCUCGCUCUUUGCGCGUCUAUGUGUUUCAGGCGCUGUGCGUGGGCGGCGGGUACAUCGGUCUCGAGUGUGCCGCGGCGAUGACGGUCAUGGGUCUCCAUGUGACUAUGGUGUUCCCUGAGCCACACGUCAUGCAGGUCAGCCGACGAGCUUCCCAUCGAGCGAUCGCCACUGAAUGGGUGGGUCCCUCUUGUUGGCUGCGUGGCUGCAUCAGCGCCUCUUCACGCCCGAAAUGGCAGCUUUGUACGAGGAAGUCUAUGCGCAGAAGGGGGUAAUCAGCACUGACUGCAGGCAGGAUGUGCAUCGAUCGCACGCUUUGACAUCGAUCACUUUUUACCUGUCUGUCUGUAUGUGUUUCAGAUCAAGAUGAUCAAGGGCACUGUUGCCUCAGGAUUCGUCGGCGACAGCAACGGGUGACGGAGAAGAGCCCAUGAGGCAUCAAUCAAAAAGCUUUGGAUGGCCGUUGUUCCCUCUCUGUCCAUCUGCAGCAAGGUGAAGGAGGCUCACCUGAAGAACGGCGAGAAGGUGCCCUGCGAUGUCGUCGUCGUGGGCGUCGGGGCGAAGUAAGGAGACGCAUCGCAUCAGCCAGCAAAUAUGACCCAUCCAGCACUCCCGAUGUGCCUCUGCGUAUCUGGCAGGCCCAACGUAGAGCUGUGUCAGGACAAGUUGGAUAUGGAGGCGCGGGCGGUGAAGGUCAACGGACGGUUUCAGUCCUCCAUUCCUGAUGUCUACGCCGUCGGCGAUCUCGCGACGUUCCCCAACGCUGUAAGACGGGAUGCAGACAACUGAAACAUGCAGAUGUUGAAGUUUGUGUCCUGAUUGCCUUCAGUUUCUGGGAGGCGUUUCCAGCAGGGUGGAACAUGUGGACGUAUGCCUGCCUGCUCGCACCCACUGAACAGUUCGUCGGGAGCUCAUGGUUGUGUGUGGUUGUGUGUGUUGACAGCACGCGCGUCGUUCAGCGAUGCACUGUGUGAACGUGAUAUUGGGCAAGGAGACGAGCGACUAUGCCUAUCUGCCGUACUUCUACUCGCGAGAGUUCGACCUGUCGUGGAAGUUCUAUGGCCAGCAGUCAAGUGAGCAUCGACCAAAUCAGAUCAGUACAUCAGUGACACGCACCUCCCUUGCGUGUCGUCGCGCAGAUGAGACUCUCACCGUCCGUGACCCUGGUGCCAACCACAUGGCCGCAUUCUGGAUGGAGGUAGUCACGACGAGACAGACAUACCAGCCAGACAGCAGACAGACAUACCAGCCGAUACUGGGCCAUGACGUGUGGCUGUGUGCGUUUCUCCUUAGGGAUCGACCGUCGUUGGUGCGUUUGUGGAGAGUGGCACAGCCGAGGAAGAGUCGAUGAUUCAGGCACUGGCCCGCGCCAAGCCAACCAUCGACGUGGCGGCACUCAAGGCAGCCAAAACCGUCGCCGAUGCAUUCGCCGUGCUCAAGUGAGUGUAGAACAAAAGAGGAGUCCCUGGGAUCAAUCCAUAUGUCCAUGCCGCAGGCCUCACUGCUCGAUGUGAGAGGCAUGGGGUACACCUACAUGUCCGUAAUUCAUGAAUUUGUUGGCUUUACAUCGUCACGCAGUGACGAAUACAUUGCAAUGCAUACACGUGGGGAUGAGGAAAGAGAGGAGCGAAAGGGAAAGAGAGACAUGACCUAUCCCACAUGCAUUCAUGGAACAGCCUGGUUACAGCCAUUUCGUGUCGUUUCGUGAGCCAAUUGGUCAAGAGACCAUGUUGGUUUGUAGAUUUCUUGUGUCGGUGGGUGUAUGUACAAAGAAGGUGGACAUUGUUCUCUGCUUUCUGGUGGUGUGAGUGUGUGUGAGUGCGAGUCUCGGAUGCUGUGCUGGGAGCAUAUUUCUGGUGGACACGGCGGGACUUUCUGUGGCCAGAAAGACACAUAACACACACACUCACAGACAGAGACAGAGAGAAAACAUAACGGAC